CGAUGCUACUGGUAUUGGGCAUCGGCCGAGGCUACCUACAUCCCGUCCCUCACCGUCGCCAUCAACUGCGAAGCUGCAAGGGGUUGGGUUCCCCGUCCCUCUGCCGCCUCCCUUGUAAAUACAGUUCGCUCGCUACCUUGGCCUCGGCAGUGCCACUGACAGGCCCUCGACCCCGGCUUGGCUGCAUCGCUUAGCUGUUCUGAGCCCUCAACAGAGACAUGAUUGACCUGUCGCGGCAUAUCUAGUGGGGCGACCAUAAGCACAGCCUCUGUUUGUGUGAUCCUUCGUUCUGCUGCCUGGGUAGAUCAACCCACAAAGAUGGGACAGUAACCAGCUGCUUUUCUCCGUUGAUAAUGGAACCGAGUCUGCCCAGAGUGCCCAUCUACUAUGAACCAGACCUGCAGUUGGACUGUUAUUCAACCUUGGACUUUGCUCAUCAACCUCCCACACGGUCAUGGACAGGCUCCAUGGUAUCCGAUCACCACCGCCGUCAGGCCAAGUCGGAUUUCCGCCGUCCAGUGCACAACCAUCGGACUCGUUCGCAGACGACCAUAGGCCACUCAUGCAAUCCGCGGACUCGGCAGAAGACCGACCCCGGGCGGGAGAACCUCGGCACGCGAUCCCGAUGGAUUCGAUGUCCUUCAGCGCGGCAGCUCUGCCCCGACACGGCGCCGCCUCCGCACCGGCCCAUGUAUUCGGCGGCUCCGAUGCCUCUUACAACCCACUUCCCAAUGCGGAACACGCCUCAGCUGAAUCACCUGGCUGGGAUUACACACCAGGACGUGCCGAAACCAAGUCUAGAAUCUCGUACAAGGAGUCUCCACUCGUCCACACGGAGGAGCAGCCGUGGACCGCGUCGCUUCGCGGGUGGGUGCCGGAGCUCCUCUGGUGCGUAGUGAGCACCGCCUCGGUCGCCGCCCUCGCCGGCGUGCUGAGCCGCUUCGACGGCCAGCCGCUGCCGGAGUGGCCGCUCGGGCUGACGCUCAACACCCUGAUUGCCUUCCUCGCGACCCUGGCCCGCGCCGCCUUCGUCAUCCCGGUCUCGGAGAGCAUCUCGCAGCUCAAGUGGCUCUGGUACCGCGAGGAACGACCUUUGAAGGACUUUCAAGACUUUGACUCGGCGAGCCGGGGGCCGUGGGGGAGUAUCCAAUUACUGAUGACGACCAGGGCAUGGUCUCCCAGCGUGAUUUCGACCGUGGUCUUCCUCACGGCCAUCUUCACGUCAACUUUGACUCAGUCUGCCGUGACGUACCCUGUCCGUCUGGCCCACGUCGACGGAACCGCCGUCGUCUCCCGCUCGACCUCCUUCUACUUCAACACCGCCAACGUCUUCUCCGGGGUGAACCAGCAGCACUAUACCGAGCAGUCCAUCUUCGAGGGGCUGAGCUACAGCCACACGCAGGAAUUCCCGCUCAGUCCGGCGCGCUGCCCCACAAGCGAGUGCAAGUGGGAGCCGUACACCUCGCUGAGCGUGUGCGCCAAGUCCUGGAACGUUACGGAUUCGCUCAACGUCACCGUCACGCAGAGGUCCCCUCCGCCGCCGUUACGCUUCGCCUCCCUCCCGAACGGGAUCUCAGCCAACCUGAGCGGCUACUACCAGGGAAUGGUCGUCCUGAGAGGCACGCGGCGGCCCAUAGCCUCCGACGUGAACCCCGAGUCGUCCAUUUUCAACUUCACCGUGCUCUACUCCCUACGCACCGGCCCGGUCGAGAUCAUCGGCGCCGCCGAGGCGGUGCUCUACUUCUGCACGAAGACGUACGACCUCUCGUUCGCCGGCAACAUCGAGGCGAGGUCCGUCGUCGACGUCACGACCGACGUCGAGACGGGGUCCGUCGAGCUGCCCGCCGGCCAGGGCCGCCGCGAGCUGCCGGCCAUCAGGGACCCCCUCGAGCCCGGCGCCAACUUCCCGUUCGGCGGGACGGGGCUCGGGUCCAUGGUGGAGAGCCUGGUGUAUGCUCUCAACGGCACGUACGCGGACAUGGGCGCCAGCGAUCCAAGCACGCUCGGCCUGGCGCCGGCGCGGUACUGGGCCGCGUUACAGUACGGGGCCAAGACCCUCGAGGACCAGGGUCGGCCGGGCGUUUCGCAAGAGACCGUAAUCAACGAAGGGAUUGCGAACAUUACGGGCAACGUCGCGAGGAGUUUAUCGAAUCGGAUAACAAAGGACACCACCAAUGUCACGGGCGACGUCCUGGCCGCCGAGACCUUCGUCCAGGUCCGCUGGCCCUGGCUCGCCUUCAUAUCCUCACAGGUCGCCCUCUCCGCCCUGCUCCUCGCGACCGCCAUCAUCCAGACCAGGGUGGCGCGCAUCGGGGUCGUCAAGAGCUCCGUGCUGCAGGGGCUGGUCGCCGUCAACUCCAAGGACAAGCAGGCGUUGGAGAUCUGUCUCGCGCAGCGGAAGCACCAGGACGAAGUCGACGAGAUUGUCAGAAGGGGACCCGGGAUCGCGUGGAGUCUCGGAAUGACGGAACGUGGGUGGAAGCUAGGCUGCUAGGUGACAGCGGUCCAGUUACAGUGACGGUAGAUUGACUUCUCUGGACAUAUGUACAUGACGACAACAAACAGGUCAACAAUGUCUCGCUCCCCAUAACACGCUGUCCGAUAAAACGGCGAACUGUAUACCCUUUUGGGCGUCAGUUCUCUAUCUCCAGCCUCUUCCGGAAGUGAGUUUGAGAGGGAGAAGACAAGCAGGUUUUACGCUCAUCCUGUAUCUAUAGGAACAUACCCAGCCUGUGAAAACUCCUGGCCUAGUGUUAAUACUGCUUCCACGUCGAUAUACGGCCACAUCUGAUGCCAUCCUCCAUGACCUAAC